AUGCAAGCAGACAGCCGCGGGAGUCUAGAUGGCAAGGCACCCUUGCCUUGUCCUUUCCAAGAACCAAUGAUAGCACCCAAGCACAUGCAAGAUGGCUCAACGGCAGUAGCUGAGCGGUUGGAAACAGUUAAUUUAAGUGAUGACCCCUCUGCCCCAAGACUCAUCUCUGUCAGUAUUCAUUUAACGGGGGAAGAAAGGGAAGCUUUGGUGUCGUUAUUGAAAGAAUUUCGAGAUGUGUUUGCUUGGAGUUACGAAGAGAUGCCCGGCCUUAAUCCAAACUUGGUAAGUCAUACGCUGAAUAUUGAGCUCGGUGCAAGACCUGUUGUACAACCACGAAGGAAUUUUCAUCCUGAAAUUGAGAAGCAAAUCAAGGUGGAAGUUGAAAAACUGCUAGCCGCUGGAUUCAUCAAGCCAAUCAAACACCCGACAUGGCUAGCAAAUAUCGUACCCGUGAAGAAGAAAACUGGGGUAAUCAGAAUAUGCACAGACUACCGUGAUCUCAAUCGAGCCUGCCCAAAAGAUGAGUUCCCGCUGCCCAACAUGGAUAUCUUGAUUGAUUCAACCUCGGGUCAAGGCAUGCUAUCCUUCAUGGACGGAUUUAGUGGCUAUAAUCAAAUCAAGAUGUCUCCCAAGGAUGCCGAGAAAACAGCCUUUCGGACACCUUAUGGAAAUUUCUACUACACGGUCAUGCCAUUUGGUCUCAAAAAUGCCGGUGCUACCUACCAACGGGCCAUGACGGCAGUGUUUCAUGAUAUGAUGGGAAAAUAG